CAAAAAUUUGAGUCCUUGGCCAAUCCGGUUACUGUUGGGUAGGCCUUCAGCAUACUUUUUGUCCAAUCAGCUUCAGACUCUCACUAUAAAUAAGCGGCUAGCUUUCUCUUUGUCCUUAACUGAAUCUGGUUCUGAAAUAAUGGCGCGUACGAAGCAGACUGCUCGUAAGUCCACCGGCGGCAAGGCUCCGCGCAAGCAGCUGGCUACGAAGGCGGCUCGGAAGAGCGCUCCGGCCACCGGCGGCGUCAAGAAGCCCCAUCGCUACCGGCCUGGUACAGUGGCUCUCCGCGAGAUCCGCCGCUACCAGAAGUCCACCGAGCUGCUGAUCAGAAAGUUGCCUUUUCAGCGUCUGGUGCGAGAGAUCGCGCAGGACUUUAAGACCGACCUGCGCUUUCAGAGCUCGGCGGUGAUGGCGCUGCAAGAGGCAUGCGAGGCCUACCUGGUGGGGCUCUUUGAGGACACCAACCUGUGCGCCAUCCACGCCAAGAGGGUGACUAUCAUGCCCAAGGAUAUCCAGCUCGCACGUCGUAUCCGCGGCGAGAGGGCUUGAGUCUCAAGGACUCAGGAUAUAUACCCAAAGGCUCUUUUCAGAGCCACCCACUUGCGCGCUGAAAAGAUCUGUUUCUCUGAGGUAUUCUUCCUGGUACUUGUUUUGCCUAUAGCAGAUAGGGUCCAUUUCCAGACGUUAUACAAUCUGUUUUGUAAGGCUCAGCCUAUCCCUGUUAAAAUGUUAGUUUUGUAAAUCUUAACAUUUAAUAAUCUGGGAGCUUUCCGCAAGCAUUGGGUGUAGCCAAAAGUUCCUUUGUGUGUUACCUGCCCAUCUCCGCAGCCCGGUUUUGACCGUAUGGUGGUUCUAAUUUUCUGCCAACCUAUACUGUAGUGUGUGUAUAUUCCUUGCCAACACGCCAAGAAUAAAACUAAGGUUGAAUUGAA